AUGCUUCCGAGGAGAAACAGGACGCCCGCUAAUGUUCAUGAGCAAGAACUAGAAGAACGUAUUAUGGCACGAAUGGAGGAGAGGAUGGAUCAAAUAGUUGACCAACUGACUGAUAGGAUGGUCGAACUGAUGAAUCGAGGAGGGAAAAGGUCUCAAACUCAUUCUCAAGUGGAAGAUGGUGAAUUUAGGAACCCGUUCGGCAGCAGUGACAGUUCAUAUUCUGAAGACGAUCUAGAAAGGCGGCCAAGGAGUGAUCAUAGAGGUGACAAUAGGCAUUGGGAGGCCGGAAUGAGAAUUAAUAUCCCAGAAUUCGACGGGGUCAGUUUGAAUCCGGAGGGGUUUAUCGACUGGUUGGCUACUGUUGAGGAAUUUUUUGAGUUCAAACAAGUCCCUGAAAACAAAAAAGUGUCAUUGAUCGCUACUAGGCUACGUGGUAGGGAGUCUGCAUGGUGGCAACAACUGAAACUGACACGAGACAAGCUCAGAAAGUCAAAGGGUGCCAAAUCAGUUGACGAUUACAAAAUUGAGUUCUACCAAUUGAUUGCCCGAAAUGAUAUCCAAGAGACAGAGGAACAACUCGUUGCUUGUUGUGGGGAGACAGGUCACCGACAAUCAGAGUGCAAGAAGGUCGGAAAAUGUCAUUUGUUUGCUGAGCAAGAUGAUUGGCAAAAUGAUGAUGUCGAUGAAAAUUACGAAGAUCCCCCUGUGUAUGACGAAGAGAAUCAAUGCGAAGAGGAAGUUGUAACUGGAGAUGAGGGGUCGACAUGUACUAAGGUUUGUAGUUUUGUUAUUGAUUCAGGAAGUUGUGAUAACCUUAUAUCUGAAGAAGCAGUUCAAAAGUUGGCUUUGAAAAUAGAAAAUCGCCCUAAGCCUUACAAGCUCCAGUGUCUUAAGACGAGUGGCAUGGUCACUAUAUCUAAACGAGCGCUUGUUCAAUUUUCUGUUGGUACCACGUAUAAAGAUGAUGUGUGGUGUGAUGUGGUUGCUAUGGAUGCUUGUCAUUUGUUGUUGGGCAGACCUUGGGAGUAUGAUCGUAACAUAUAUCAUAACGGGCGAACUAAUACUUACAGUUUCUUGUUUGGUGGUGUGAAGAUAACAUUGGUUCCCAGUAAGCCAAAGGAGCCAGUUCCGAGACCUUCGGGUACUCUACUGACCCUUACUCAGUUUGAAGAUGAGUUGGAGGCGGAAGGUGGAAUUUUUGUAUUGAUCGGGAAGGAAGUCGCUAAGGAGGUUGAAAUUCCUGAGGCUAUGGUUCCUCUGCUCAAGGAAUUUGCUGAUGUUUUCCCUAGUGAAUUACCUGAUGGUUUGCCACCUUUACGUGACAUCCAACAUCAUAUUGAUUUACAACCAGGAGCUCAGUUGCCUAAUAGGCCACAUUACAGAAUGAGUCUCGGAGAGCAUGAGGAGUUGCGACGACCGGUGGAGGACUUGAUUUCAAAAGGUCAUGUUCGGGAGAGCAUGAGCCUGUGUGCUGUUCCUGCUUUGUUGACUCCUAAAAAGGAUGGUACUUGGCGUAUGUGUGUUGAUAGUCGCACCAUCAAUAAGAUCACGGUGAGGUACAAAUUUCCAAUUCCUCGACUUGAUGACAUACUUGACCAGAUUAGCGGUGCCUCUAUCUUUACGAAACUGGACUUGAAGAGCGGGUACUAUCAAAUUCGACUUAGGCCUGGGGAUGAGUGGAAGACUGCCUUCAAGACUCGUGAAGGAUUUGCUACUUUUGGUGAGCAUGUCAACCAUGUGAGGCAGGUUUUGACUGUACUUCGACGAGAUAGUUUGUAUGCAACUAUGAAGAAAUGUGUGUUUAUGGUUCCUAAAGUCUUGUUCUUGGGGUACGUUGUUUCUGGGGAAGGAAUACAGGUGGACGAGUCUAAAGUAGCAGCUGUCAGACAAUGGCCAACUCCAACUACCAUCACUGAAGUUCGAAGCUUUCAUGGCCUUGCUUCAUUCUAUAAGAGGUUUAUUCCAAAAUUUAGUUCUAUUAUGGCACCGGUGACUGAUUGUAUGAAAGGGAAGACCUUUACAACAUCACCGCUUCUUGUAUUGCCAGACUUUUCUCAAGUGUUUGAAUUACACACGGAUGCUUCCAAGGUUGGAAUUGGAGCAAUUCUAAGUCAAGGAGGACGAACGAUUGCCUAUUUUAGUGAGAAGUUGACGGGGCCAAAGCUGCGUUAUAGCACUUAUGAUGUUGAGUUCUAUGAAGUGGUCCAAGCUGUAAAGCAUCGGCGCCAUUAUCUAUUUCAUAAGGAAUUUGUUUUGUUCACAGAUCAUGAUUCAUUAAGACAUAUUCAUAGUCAAGAUAAGGUGUCACACAAACAUGGGAGGUGGAUGUCGUUCUUGGAAAAAUUCACUUUCGUGGUGAAACACAAGUCUAGAAUGUCAAAUCGGGUGGCUGAUGCAUUGAGUUGA